UUGCGACUGGUUUAUGAUACGAUAGGGGGCGCUUUAAUAAUUAAAUAUCAUACAAAAUAUUAAGUAUACGGUUCCUUAUUGGUAUUUUAUUGUCUCUAAGUAAAUAUUUAUAAGUGAUUAUUAAUAGGGUCAUAUGCGAUGUUAUAUGAAGGACUGUAUGUAGAAGGUCUAAUAAAUGCUUCCAAUGCAUCACACUGUGUCCUUGAAGCUCCUACUGACAAAGGAAAUAAGAACGGGAUAGAAAAAAAAUCACAACAGAACAGAGGACAAUCUAAACUGAUGGCUAAAAACGGAAAUCCGACAGAACAAAACACAGUCCUCGAUGAUGUUCUUGAUACUAACGAUAAAUUGGAACGCCAAAUAAAACAAUUACAAAAUGAAAUCAAACACCAACAAAAUGAAAUCAAAGACCAACAAUUAAUUAUCAAGAAGUUUCAAGAGAGAAGUAAAACAGCAGAAAAACGCUCAAGUGAAAUUACUAAACAUAUGGCGAAGGUGAUGGACACAUCGGGAGCCUUUGAAAGUACCAAUGACAGUUUGUCGAAAAUUAAUAUCAUAACUCAGUUCAGCAAUGUAUAUAGCAAUGAUUGGGCAAAGUUAUCGAUUUGGCUAGCAAAACAGGGAAUAUUGGAAGAUCAAAUAAUUCAGAGUCUAACGUCAUUGAUGAAGGAAAGUUAUCAAGAAUGCCUUUGUUUAGCAGACGAACAACUCCGUCAGUUUAUGCUUUUGAGUGAAUCACAGGGUAGUCCAUCCCAUGAAGAGCAUGAAGAACUGUAUGCAUUGAGAAGGAAAUAUGCAAUCAAAGAUACUGCAAGGGCAAGGAUAAGUCAGGAGGUGUUAGAAAAAGUGUUUAUUGGUAAAGAAAUACCAUGGUUUCAAAUAGAGGACAAAACUGAAGAAGCAAAGAAAAUGCUACAGGAAUUUUUACACAAAUUUGUAGAUUGUUGCUGGGUGAUGGUUGUUUCCACUCCGCGUCUAGCUUUGAACUUUGAUGUUGUUGGAAAACAGUAUUGUAAGGAACACUUCAAAGUUUAUUCAGCGAAAGAGCGUAUCAAAGAUGAAACAAAAGAUACGAACAGUGUAUAUGAGGUUGUGUGGCCCUGUGUGUACUAUGCCGACGGUUCCGUGUUCUGUACAAAAGGCGACGCCCUCUUAGUAUCAAUAGGUUCGACACCCGUUGAAGAUUCCGGCAUUGUUGAUUGCACUUGUUUUGUAUCAAAGGAAGACAAAGGGAACCGUACAGCCGUUGAUGAAAAUUCGUCGGUAAAUAAAAAGGUUACAGAUGUGUGAAGUGAAGCUAUUUAGUUUAGACCAUUUACAUCGAUUGUUGGUAUUUCAACAUUGAAUUUGAACAUGUUGUUCAACACGUUGAGGAUGCACGAGCUAUAAAGUAAAAACAAUUGUUAUUUUGUGAGAUUUUAAAAAAUAAAAUGUUUACUUAGAUACAUUAUACUAAUACAUUUACUGACUUUUUCAUAAAAGUCAUUUCGGUCUUGUUUAUAAUAGUCCAUAAGAUUAUAAGAUUUGUAAGCACUUUUUAGCAUUAAAUCAUUGUGCUCGAAAAGUUUACGUAUUUUUUGCUAAGAACAACAAUUUACAUUCAUCCAGAUGUCCCCUGUUAUCAUUAGCAUAAUUUAAUGUAUGAACUUGGGUCGUGAAGGAGUUGAGUUCAUUGAACGCCGCCGUUCCUUGUUGAUCUUGUGUUUUAUAUGUGAUGAAACCCCUUGGUUAUGUCUUUUCUUUAUUGUGUUUGUUUGUUUGUUUUGGGUUUUACGUCACAUCGACACAGUAUAGGUCAAAUCGCGACGUUCCAGCUUAAACUGGUGGAGGAAGACCUCAGGUGCCCUUCCGUGCAUUAUUUCAGGCACGAACGGGCACCUGAGUAGAACCACCGACGUUCCGUAAACUAGCUGGAUAGAUGUCUUUUCUUUAAAGAACCUGUAUGUUAUAAUUAAGAUUAUUACCACACUUCAGAGAAAUUUUAUAUAUGUAUAUAAUUAUGCUUCAAACUUCGAAGAAUAUAUAAAAUAUGUACUGCAAAUAUUUGUCCACAUUCUAUGAAAUCAUUAAAAUAUAUGCAUUCAUUUCUUAUUGAAAAGUUUGACUUAGACUUUUUCUAAAUUUCUAAUUACCUCUCUUAAUUAACCUGAAAUGAAAAUUAGGUAAUUUGUUUACAAAUAAUGCUUUUUGGAACUAACAAUAUUGACAAAUCUUCAUUUGAGCAUAAUAUUUAUGAUAUACAAUCAUAAAAAAUUGAGUUACCGGAUCUUUAAGUAUAGGUUAGUGUUUAUAAGUAAGCAUUUACAAAAUUAAAUUGAUACUAGUAUUUGAUUUUUUUUAUAUAACACUGUCAAUUUACUAGACUGAUUAAAUUUACUUGAUUUACCAAAGUAAAUUGUGUUGUCAUUCAUUUGAAAUACUUCAAUUCUAUUGUGCAAAAAGUAAUUUUAAACAGACUUACAAAUAAAAAAAAUUUAACAUUCCCAUCCAUGCAUUUUCAAUUUUCAAUUUAUUUAUUCAGCAUUUGAACAAUAACAUGUCAAUCCAAAUGUUAAGGUACAAGUUAUAAUAAGCUUUCAUUUUCCAUAAUUUCUUUCAAUUUAUAUAUUUAUUUGGCAUCGACGAUAAAUCACUCACGAGACCCAAGGUAAACUUUGUAAAUAUCCAUCGGAAUUUACCUGUAAAGUUCAUUUAUAAAAAAGAGUGGGGCAGUCUUUUUAUAUUUUAGGCAGAUUUAUAUUUUAUCAUAAACAUUUUACAAUAUCAGCUGUUUGACAAUCGCCAUUUGAGCAGUCCUUUUUUUUGAAAUACAAAGUCAAUUAAGCUCAACUUGACAAAGAAAUGGCAUAAUGUCAACUUUAUGUAAAGGUAGAAUGCGUGGCAAUUUAUGAAAAAUGUUUAAGUAAAAGUGUAUCUUGAUCAAGUAUGCAUGCAUGUUCAGUUUCGAUGCUCGUACAUUUCUACACGAGAUUUAUCAAGCUUCUGUUGUGACACUCUUAUUGUAUUUGUUAUGUUUGAAUGUGUAAUUUUUUAUGUUUGAAUUUUGAUGUAUCAUUUUGGAAAUGACGAAAAACAUGAUUAUAAAAUGACAAUGUUUAAUCUUAUAAAGUCAAGCAAUAUUAACCACUUA